ACAAGAAGAAGAGACCAAUAAAACGCUCUCUCUCUCUCCCCUCCUCUUCAAUGUUUUAUCUCUCUCUCUAGAAAUUUUCUUUUCCCAGUAAUGCAUACCCUCUGCUUUUACUAGUCUUAUCUCCUCACUUUUCCUUCUAUUUAUUAGGGUAGGGGUUUGAUUUAAACGAGGACGAACUAAUAAGAAGAGAGAAGACAUGACUCUCCUUACUCAUUAAGGACGGAGAUCUUCUCCCCUGCGCUCGGACUCUUCUUCCCAUCCCAUGAACUGCUUUUCACUGUUCAUUUUCUGAAAGAUCUAAGAUCUAAGUGUGUGUUUUGAAGUUGAAGCAAGUAACAAUAAUCUCUUUAGUAGUGUCUCUCCUCAAGCAAAAUCAUGAUGCAGAGACCACCUCCCGAAGACUUCUCCCUAAAGGAGACAAGACCCCACCUCGGCGGCGGCAAACUCACCGGAGACAAACUCACCAGCACCUACGACCUCGUCGAGCAAAUGCAGUACCUCUACGUCCGCGUCGUCAAGGCCAAGGAGCUCCCAGGAAAAGACCUAACCGGCAGCUGCGACCCUUACGUGGAGGUCAAGCUAGGCAACUACAAAGGCACCACGCGUCACUUCGAGAAGAAGUCAAACCCGGAGUGGAACCAAGUCUUCGCCUUCUCCAAAGACAGGAUCCAAGCCUCGUUCCUCGAAGCCACCGUGAAGGACAAGGACCUCGUGAAGGACGAUCUGAUCGGUCGCGUCCUGUUUGAUUUGAACGAGGUGCCUAAGAGAGUUCCUCCCGACAGUCCUUUAGCUCCUCAAUGGUAUAGACUUGAGGGGACCAAAGGAGAGAAAGUCAGAGGAGAGCUUAUGCUUGCGGUUUGGUUCGGUACUCAAGCUGAUGAAGCUUUCCCUGAGGCUUGGCAUUCAGACGCAGCGACCGUUAGUGGAACCGACGCGCUUGCUAACAUCCGCUCAAAGGUUUAUCUCUCUCCUAAGCUAUGGUACUUGAGGGUGAAUGUGAUAGAGGCUCAAGAUCUGAUACCGAGUGAUAAAGGGAGGUACCCUGAGGUUUACGUGAAGGCUAUAGUUGGGGGGCAGGCGCAGAGGACUAGAGUGUCGCAGAGCAGGACUAUUAAUCCCAUGUGGAAUGAGGAUCUGAUGUUCGUAGCGGCUGAGCCUUUCGAGGAGCCGUUGAUACUGAGUGUUGAAGAUAGAGUUGCUCCGAACAAAGACGAGGUUUUAGGGAGAUGCGCGAUCGGGCUGCAGCAUUUGGACAGGAGGUUUGAUCACAGACCGGUUAACAGCAGGUGGUUUAACUUAGAGAAGCAUGUUAUGGUGGACGGGGAGAAGAAGGAGAUCAAGUUCGCUAGCAGGAUUCACAUGAGGAUAUGUUUAGAAGGUGGUUACCAUGUUCUUGAUGAGUCUACGCAUUACAGCAGCGAUCUUAGACCGACGGCUAAGCAGCUGUGGAAGCCGAGCAUCGGUGUAUUGGAGGUGGGGAUACUUAACGCGACUGGUCUGAUGCCUAUGAAGGCUAAAGACGGUCGUGGGACGACGGAUGCGUACUGUGUGGCAAAGUAUGGGCAGAAGUGGAUCCGAACUAGGACGAUCAUUGACAGCUUUACGCCGAGGUGGAACGAGCAGUACACUUGGGAGGUGUUUGAUCCGUGUACUGUGGUCACCGUUGGGGUCUUUGAUAACUGUCAUCUCCAUGUUGGAGGUGGUGGUGAGAAGAACGGGAAAGAUUCAAGAAUCGGCAAGGUGAGGAUCCGUCUCUCUACUCUGGAGACGGAUCGUGUCUACACGCAUUCGUACCCGCUUCUUGUGCUGCAUCCAAACGGAGUCAAGAAGAUGGGAGAGAUUCAUUUAGCUGUGAGGUUCACUUGCUCCUCGUUGCUCAACAUGAUGUACAUGUACUCGGUGCCUCUCUUGCCUAAGAUGCAUUACAUACAUCCUUUGACGGUGAGCCAGCUUGAUAACUUGAGGCAUCAAGCGACGCAGAUUGUGUCCAUGAGGCUUACGAGAGCUGAGCCGCCGCUGAGGAAGGAAGUGGUUGAGUACAUGCUUGACGUUGGCUCUCACAUGUGGAGCAUGAGGAGAAGCAAAGCGAAUUUUUUCAGGAUCAUGGGUGUUUUGAGCGGGUUGAUAGCGGUGGGGAAGUGGUUUGAACAGAUCUGUAACUGGAAGAAUCCGAUCACAACGGUCUUGAUCCAUCUCUUGUUCAUCAUCCUUGUUGUCUACCCUGAGCUGAUCUUGCCAACCAUCUUUCUUUACCUCUUCCUUAUUGGUAUCUGGUACUACCGUUGGAGACCGAGGCAUCCUCCCCACAUGGACACGCGUCUCUCACACGCUGACUCGGCUCACCCGGACGAGCUGGAUGAGGAGUUUGAUACUUUCCCUACUUCAAGACCCUCUGAUAUCGUCAGGAUGAGGUAUGACAGGCUGAGGAGUAUCGCUGGGAGGAUUCAGACGGUGGUUGGUGAUCUCGCAACUCAAGGAGAGAGGCUUCAGUCUUUGCUGAGCUGGCGUGAUCCGCGUGCAACUGCGCUGUUUGUAUUGUUCUGUUUGAUCGCUGCUGUUGUUCUGUAUGUGACGCCGUUCCAGGUUGUGGCGCUUCUGGUUGGGAUCUAUGUUCUGAGACAUCCGAGGUUUAGGUACAGGCUGCCCUCAGUUCCUCUCAAUUUCUUCAGGAGGCUUCCUGCAAGAACUGAUUGCAUGCUCUGAGCUCAAAGAACGGAUCGUCCCUUUUGGACUUGUUAGUUUGUUUCUUGUUUUUUUUUUUAAAAAGUCAUGAUGACUCUUUUGCUUGUUGAUGAUUAUGAUGUCGUUUGGUUUUAACAUUAUUAUCUAGACUUCGUUUGAAAUUAGUAAAUUAGUAUCUGUGUGGUUUUGAUGUUC